AUUAUUUGUUAUUUUAUCGCCCCUGUAGUACCGGAUUGUCAGACUAACCAUUGUCAGCGCACACUUGUAGUUAUAUUGGAGAGGCAUUGCACCAUCUGUUUAAACCCAACAAGAAAUAACUCAUCAGCACAGUCGUCAUGUUUUUCCAUAAGAAGCUGUCACACACAAUCACCCUGCACCCAUCCUUCCUGGGUCCACGUAUGAGGGAAUUUGUCACAAAGCGACUUUACCAGGACGUUGAAGGCACGUGCACAGGCCGGUAUGGCUAUAUCGUUGCGGUUGUUGCAAUAAUGGACAUUAAAAUGGGCAAAAUCAUACCUGGUCUGGGCUCGGCAGAGUUUGAAGUGCAGUACUCGGCGAUUCUGUUCAAGCCGUUCAGAAACGAGGUCAUGGACGCUGUGGUCAACACAGUGAAUAAAAUUGGCUUUUUUGCCAGCGCUGGUCCGCUAAACAUUUUUGUGUCGCACUCGCUGAUUCCAGCCGAUAUGGAGUUUGACCCCCACAGCAACCCGCCAUCGUUCCACUCUGAGGACAUCAAGAUCGAGAAGGGUACGCUUGUACGGGUCAAGAUUUCGGGAACGCGCAUUGACGCUACAGAGAUCUACGCCAUUGGCACAAUCAAGGAGGACUACCUGGGCGUCAUUGAGUAGACCUGCUUGCGAGCGCCAAACGUGUCAGCAUGUUCCAAAUCCUGGUAUCUGAUUUUAAUUACACGUGAUCCACUAUUUCCAUGAAAAAAAUUUUAAAAGAUGAUCUCGGCUUUUUAAAUCCUUCGAAAAUUCGAAAAAG